CUUACCAAUUUAUCAGUUAUAUUGAAGUUCUUGAUGAAAAAGCUAAUAAAUGGCAAAAUUAUGCAAUUUGUCAUGCUUAUCAUAAUGCUGUUGGUAGGCCGACUGUCUUGCUUCAAAAGUUUUCAAGUAAAAGUGAUCAAGUAAAAAAUCACUUAAAAAAAUGUAAGCAUUUUAUUAAUGCUCAAGGUGGUAAAGAAGCUGUAUUAAAAAUAUUGGGUAUUGGAUUAAAAGAAAUAGAAAAGCAGGAUACAAGAUCUUAUACAGAUAAUACAAGUUCUAAUAAAUUGCAUGAUUCAAAUGAUGAGUCUGAAAAUAAAACUCCUUCUAAUAAUGAAGUACAAAUGUCUGAAGAAAAUUUGAAUAAAGAAUCAAAAAAAUUAGAAGAUGAAAUUAAUGUGAAUAA